AUUAUCCUGACGACAAUCCUCUGAGGACAAAGGAGAUACACACAGCCAUGGACUGGGGAUCGCUCCAAGCAAUCUUAGGAGGCGUAAACAAACAUUCUACAAGCAUCGGGAAGAUCUGGCUUACCGUCUUGUUCAUUUUCCGCAUCAUGAUUCUUGUGGUAGCUGCAGAAAAGGUCUGGGGAGAUGAACAACAAGAUUUUAUUUGUAACACUCUACAACCUGGAUGCAAAAAUGUCUGCUAUGAUGAGUUUUUCCCCAUUUCUCACAUUAGACUCUGGGCUCUGCAGCUCAUUUUUGUGUCCACUCCUGCACUUUUGGUGGCAAUGCAUGUUGCCUACAGAAAGCAUGAAAAGAAACGGCAGUGCAGGGAGAAAAUUGACAUUGAAGAUCUGAAGCGGCAAAAGUUUCAUAUCGAGGGCACCCUGUGGUGGACGUACACCAGCAGCAUUUUCUUCAGAAUUGUCUUUGAAUCUGUCUUCAUGUGUACAUUUUAUUUCCUGUACAAUGGGUACAAAAUGCAGCGCGUAGUGAAAUGUGGUGCUUGGCCUUGUCCAAAUACAGUAGAUUGCUUUAUUUCCCGACCCACUGAGAAAACCAUGUUUACUAUUUUUAUGCUGGCUGUGUCAGGUAUCUGUAUGCUCUUGAAUUUGGUUGAGUUAUGUUACUUAGUGCUGAAGUUUUGCAUGAGAAAACCGAAGACCAUAAAAUCUCUGCCCAACCAUUAGACACUUACCUAUCCAUUCGCCUAAUUUUGCAUUGAUUUCAGAAAAUGGUCAACAAUAUUUCCAGGCUCCAUGACUAUUAUAUUAAUGCAGUUAUUUAAUGGCCACUUUGUUCUGACUAGUAAUGACUCACGUGCCCACAAGGACAAGGCAGGACCUAAUCCUUAUUAUAUGAAAGUACUCCAAGUUCUUCCUGCUACUGAAGAGUUUUAAUGAAAAAGUGAAUAGACUACUGCCUUUAGGGUUGAUAU